AUGAGAAAAAAUAAACUCAUCAUCCAUUUAUUAUUAUUAAAAAAAGAACCACUUCCUGGAGCACUAAUGAAUCCUAUCGAUGAUCAAACAAAUCUUUCGCCUCAACAAGGAACUUCUUCAUCACCUCAAACAAAUCUUCAAUAUCCAAAUUUAACUGAUCUUGAUGAUAUCGAUGAUGAUGAUGAUGGAGAUGACGAUUGUCUUGAUUCAAUUGAUGAUAUUCAACAUAUACUUCAAACAUUUGGUACAAAUGACUCAUCACCAUUAACCAUAGAGUAUUUUGAUUCACGUCGUUAUGAAAUAAUGUAUGAAAUAAUGAAUGUUGAAAAACAAUUUGAACAAUUAAAAAAUAUUCUAUAUGAUGAAAGUGUUUCAUUAAUUGAUAAUAAAUUACUUUCAAUACAAAAUGAAGAAGCACCCGAAUAUCAAGAUGAAUUGAAAAAACUCUAUGAUGAUAUGCAAUUACGUUUAGAAAUAGCUAAACAAAGACGUCAUAUUGAAUUAGAAUCAUUAGAAAAUUCUUAUCAAGCUGAAUUAUUAAGUUUACAGCAAACAUUAGAAAAUGAUAAAUUUCUUUUAUAUCAUCAUAUGCAUGAAGAUAUUCAAAGAAAAAUUGAUGAACUUGAAUUAUUAAAAAGUAAAACACAAGUAUGUUCAAAUAUUUUACAAGAAAUGUUUCCACACAAUCAACAACAAUUAAUAUCACCAAAUAAAAAACGUUUUGAUUCACCAGAAUCAUUAAAAGAAAAUAAAAAACAACGAAAAAUGAAUUAUUUUAAUGGUUCAAUUAAAACAAUGGAUAAAGAUAAUUUAGCUAUAUUCUAUCAACUAUCAGAUAUUGAUAUUAUUGAAGAUUGGGCUAUUAUACAAUCAUCAUUAAAUGAAACUGAUCAUGAUAAUAAUAAUGAUGAUGAUAAUGAUGAAGAUGAUGAUACUACUAGUCAAUCAAAUAUAAAUUCUUUUAAACAGGAACAAUUUGAUUAUGAUGAAAAUCGUGUUUAA